AUGCAUAAUUCUAUAACGACAAGUGGAGUUAAAAUUUGGCUGAUUACAUACCUACUCAUAUGCCUUGCUGGGACAAUUCUAAACCUGCUAAUCCUGUUAUCCAUCGCCACAUAUCGCCGUCUGCAGACCGGCUCCCGAUGGCUUGUCAUCCACAAAAUCGUGACCGACACAGUCCUGUGCAGUGUUAUGUGUCCGAUAGGCUUGUUGCCUACCUUUAGCGCAUGGGUCGGUCAGUCGAUGCCUUAUUUUGACUGUAGUCUGGUUGACACCUUCCAGACAAUUUUCGCACACUUGGGCAACUGGACGUCACUUUUUCUUGGAGUGAACCGAUUUAUCGCGUUGCUGGCUCCGCAUAGUUACCAUAAAACAACUUCUAAACAAGCCCUAUGUAUAUUUAUCUUGACCAUAUGGAUGGUGGUGCUAUCCGAGCAACUGCCCACCUAUUUCGGCAUCGGGGUCUCGAGUGGAUGUAACACAAUCAAAGUGACCAAUCGCGCAGUGCUGUUUUCGAUGUUGACCGUUGGGCAGUAUUUUCCAGCGGUAGUGUUGGGCAUACUGUAUAUUACCAUCUUUACAGUUAUGGCAGUGAAACGACGAAAUAGCGUAGCUGUUCGUGUUAACGCGACUACCUUUCGUCGUAAUGUUUUACGGCGGAAAAUUACUCUUGCCAAAACAUUAUGUGCAGCGGAGAUUUGGAAUAUAAUGUGCAAUAUGCCGGCUGUGAUCGUUAUGCUUGCCGUGCCGCCCGAGAAAAGGCCCGGGCGAUUGGUUUCGUGGUUGCAUACCACAGUUCUGUUAGGCUAUGCUGCUCAUCCGCCGUCGUAA